UGUUGCUGCCGCUUUCCGGUUCUGUCCGCAGCGGGUGUCGCCGUUGAGAAUUGAAGCACUGCGAGCUGUGGCCGGUGGGAGGAGAAGAUAUGCCUCGGUAUUACGAAGACAAGCCGAAGGGCGGCGCGUGCGCCGGCGUGAGGGAGGACCUGGGCGCAUGUCUGUUGCAGUCCGACUGUGUGCUCCAGGAAGGAAAAUCUCCGCGGCAAUGUCUCAAGGAAGGAAACUGCAAAGCUUUGAAAUAUUCAUUUUUUGAAUGUAAAAGAUCAAUGUUGGAUGCCAGAUCAAGAUUCAGAGGAAGAAAAGGAUAUUGAUAAGUAUUAUAUUGAAACCAAGAUGAAAACAACAAAGGAUUUCCUCUGGUCAUUAAAACACAGAAAACCAAAAUAGGAAAUACACUUUUAUCUCACACCUGUUUGAUUAGACCAUGGAACCCUGGAGAGAAUGGAUGAGUUCUGGUUAUGAAUAUGUAUGAAGUAGAUUAUUCUCUUGCUCUAAGUUAUUUUUAGAAGAAAAAUUUAAUUGACCAGUUAUGAGUGGGGAACAUAAUAAACAUGUUUUAAGAAUUGUUCUAAACCACAAAGAUUGUUAUUUUCAAACUUGACUACUCAACCAAAUGAUACACUUUAUACAUCCUCUGUGAAUACUAUGACAGCCACUGAUGGGACUGUUAAAAUCAGUAACAUGGAGCCUGGGAAGAAAACAUCUAUCUGGAAAGUUUAGAAUAAAGCUUUUCUUUUAUUCAGUCUGUCCUAUUUAGUUCUAAAAUAAACUGUGUUUGAUUUCUGAGAGAAGAAA